AUGGACCAGAUGUAUGCGGAAUGGCGGAAGGACCCUGCUUUAGUUGAUGCCUCAUGGAAAAGAUACUUCGAGGCGAUAGAAGCCAGGAAGGAGCCACCUGGACAUUUACUUCAACCUCCCCAGCAUGUACCGUUUGUAUGGGGCCCCGGGUCCUCACCAAUGCUACCAGGUCUAAAUAUUGCGAAAACUCCCAUCUCCUCGGCAGGUGACGACCAGGCCAGAAUACAGCGGCUAGUUCGAGCAUUCCAAGACUUUGGUCACCAGGGAGCAAAGACAAACCCCUUGGAUCUCCCAAAUAAGGCAUCAUCACCACAAGAACUGCAACCAGACUUCUACGGCUUUAAUGAGAAUGACUUGGACCGAGAGUUUGCACUUGGACCCCAUGUUCUUCCUUACUUCAAAGCCGCAGACCGCCAACACAUGACUCUCCGCGAUAUUCUCAAAACAUGCGAAUCUAUUUAUUGUGGCUCGAUCGGAGCCGAGUAUUCACACGUCGCAACCCGUGAAGAGCGUGACUGGAUUCGCGAGCGAAUUGAAUCCCCCAAACCAUAUCAGUUCCCAGCAGAAGAAAAGAAAAGAAUACUCGACCGGCUGAUGUGGUCUACAAAUUUCGAGAAGUUCCUCGCUGCCAAAUUCCCGAACGCAAAAAGGUUUGGACUGGAGGGUGUUGAGAGCCAGCUUCCAGCAGUGAAGGCAGUGAUUGAUGCCUCAGCAGAGCAUGGAGUGAGCAAUAUCAUAUUCCCAUGCUGUCACCGUGGAAAAUUAAAUGUUCUGAGCAAUGUGACGCGAAAGCCAAAUGAACUGAUAUUCAACGAGUUCUUGGGCGAAUUGAAAUCUCGACAUGGUAUUCCAGGAGAUGUCAAGUACCAUCUAGGAAUGAACUACGAGCGCGAGACGCCGUCCGGAAAGAAGGUCAAUAUUUCCAUCCUUCCAAAUCCGUCUCAUUUGGAAGCCCAAAAUCCCGUUGCACAGGGCAUGGCCCGAGCCGUGCAGCAGCAGAACGGAGAGGACCGAGCAUCAACCAUGGUCUUCAACAGUCACACCGAUGCUUCAUUUUCUGGGCAGGGGGUUAUAUACGAGACAUUGGGGUUAUCUGGAUUGAAAUCAUAUGAGACUGGCGGAACAAUUCAUUUGGUCAUCAACAAUCAAGUUGGAUUCACCACAAACCCGGAGUCUGCACGAACAUCGUCCAAUGUAUCCGACAUUGCGAAGAGCAUCAGCGCGCCGGUUUUUCACGUCAAUGCAGAUGAUGUGGAAGCUGUUGUGUUUAUCUGCAAGCUUGCAGCAGAUUACCGUGCCAAAUUUGGAAAAGAUUGUCUGGUCGACAUGAUCUGCUAUCGGAAGAAUGGACACAAUGAGAUGGACCAGCCGUCCUUUACUCAGCCCUUGAUGUAUCGGCAAAUUGCCAACAAGGUCACCCAAUUGGAAGUCUACACCACCAAGUUGGUUGAGGAAGGAGUGGUCACUCGCGAAGAAGUCACACAAAUGGAAGCAGACGUGUGGUCAAAACUGAGCGAGAGCCUCGCCAACAGCAAAAGCCCACAGACCCUCGAACGCGAAUAUCUAACAGCCCCAUGGCAAGACCUGAAAAAGCCGAGUGAAGUGUCUCAAGAGGUCUAUCCAGCCAAAUCAACUUCCAUCACCCAAGAUAUCGUCGAUACGGUUGCAAGUAAGAUGGGCGUUCCCGAGCAACCAUUUACCGUGCACAAAAGCUUGCAAAAGAUUCUUCAAAAGCGACAGCAGAGCCUAACAGAUGGAAGAGAUAUUGAUUGGGCUACAGCAGAGGCCCUCGCAAUGGGAAGCUUGUGUCUCGAAGGUCAUCAUGUGCGGAUUUCUGGCCAAGAUGUCGAGCGCGGCACAUUCUCCCAGCGUCACGCAGUGCUCCACGACCAAAAUAGCGGGUCAACAGUCACUCCUCUCAACUCAUUAAAUCCCAGCCAAGCUCCAUUCACCGUCGGAAAUUCUUCUUUAAGUGAAUACGGGGUCAUGGGAUUCGACUACGGAUAUUCUUGCAUGCACCCUAAUGCAUUAGUGAUGUGGGAGGCACAAUUUGGCGAUUUUGCAAAUAACGCUCAAUGCAUAAUUGACCAGUUCAUUUCGUCUGCCGAGUCUAAAUGGUUACUGAGAUCCGGUCUCGUAUUGUCUCUACCCCACGGUUUUGAUGGACAAGGAUCUGAGCAUUCAUCAGCUCGCAUGGAACGAUUCCUGCAGUUAUGCAACGAGGAUGCUCGCUUCUUCCCAUCGCCGGAGAAAUUGGAGAGACAGCACCAGGAUGCCAAUAUACAAGUUGUUUAUAUGACCACUCCUGCAAAUAUGUUCCACGUGCUCAGAAGACAGCUACAUCGCGAGUUCAGAAAGCGUAAGUUCUUGCCCUCCCUACAUUCUGAAAUCAUUGUUGACCAUAUCUGCCUAGCACUGGUCAUGUUCUUCUCAAAAUCCCUUCUUCGACACCCGAUGGCUAAAUCAAACAUUGGAGAGUUCAUCGGAGAAUCGAAGUUCCAGCCUCUAAUCCCAGACCCAGCCCAUGGAGAAUCUAUUUCAAACCCCUCUGACAUCAAACGGGUGAUAUAUUGCACGGGACAAGUUUAUAUGGCAUUGGCAAAGUAUCGCGAGACUCAUGCGAUCACAGAGACAGCCAUAACCCGCAUCGAACAGCUCCAUCCAUUUCCUUGGGACAAGGUCAAAGAGAAUCUUGAGCAAUACCCGAGCGCCUCGGAUAUUGUCUGGUGCCAAGAGGAAUCGCUCAAUGAUGGUCCAUGGGCAUUCGCUCGAAGUCGGCUCGAGACUAUCUUUGAUAUAACGGCGCAGCAUAAGGGCCGUCGGCUACGUUUUGCGGGACGCGAGGCAACGGCUAGUGUGGCUACAGGGUUUGUCAAGGAACAUCAUGCCCAAGAAGCAGCUUUGCAGAGGGAUGCUUUCCAAUCUGGUUGA